CAGAAUUCUCGUGACCCAGCUUCGUCUCACCUUCUAAGCUUUCUAAAUGCACUUCACUGGCUUCUCUGUGCUUCUCUUCUCAGGAGUUGCGACCGUCGUCGCGCGCACCGAGCAAACCAAGCGUGAUGCAAGUCAGCCAUACUUCGACAUCUAUCAAGGUCCAAAUGAGCAGGAUUCUAUCAUCAAUGAUCCCUCUACUCAACUCGACUACACCCUGUCUGCGGGAGAGGCAUUUCCCAACCCAUACAUGGUCGACAGACUAGGAACGACUGGCCCUCUUCUUAUUUCGUCCACUAGCCUGAUCGAACAACUGGCUCACUUUGUCCGUGAGAGGGUGCCUGAGCGCACCGUCCACGCCAAAGGCGCAGGUGCCCAUGGUUGGUUCGAAGUGACUACACCUGUGGCUGCAAAUUACUCUAUGGCGAAAGUCUUCUCGGAUGUUGGCAAGCGUACCCCGGUUACUGCUCGAUUUUCUACAAUUGCUGGUAAUCUGGGCAAUGCGGAUACUGUUCGGGACCUGCGAGGGCUCGCCUUUAAGCUGCGCACAGAAGACGGAAUCUUGGAUUGGCCCUUCUUAAACCACCCUGUUUUCUGGCUCCGGGAUCCGGCGAAGUUUCCUCACUUUAUUCAUUCUCAGAAACGUAAUCCUCAGACAAACACUUUGGAUCACAAUAACUUCUGGGAUUACCUUUCCGCGAAUAAUGAAUCGAUCUACCAGACCAUGCGUACCAUGUCUGACCUCGGGACCCCAUACGGUUUCAGGCAUAUGAAUGGCUUUAGUGGCAACGCAUUCCGCGCUGUGAAGGCUGAUGGAUCUUGGGUUUAUAUCAAAACCUCCGCGUAUACGGAUCAGGGCAUCAUGAACAAUACUAAUGACGCAGCCAUCACGCAAGCUGGCACGAACCCCGACUUCGGCGUCCAGGAUCUUUAUGACUCCAUUGCAGCCGGAAAUUACCCCAGCUGGACAAUCUACUGGCAAACCAUGACGGCUCAGGAAGCGGCGAAUUAUAAAUACGACCCCUUGGACCUGACCAAAGAGUGGCUCGUAGAAGACAUACCUCUGAAGGAAAUUGGUCGGAUCACCCUCGUUCAGAACCCGACUAAUCAUUUCUCGGAGGUCGAGCAAAUUGGUUUCGACCCUGCAAACUUGCCUUAUGGUCUCGAGCCUAGCGAGGAUCCCACGCUGCAAGCGCGAUUGUUCGCUUACGCUGAUGCCCAGCGAUACCGCACUGGAAUUAACGGAAGACAACUUCCUAUCAACUGCCCCCUCAAUCCCGUCGCGAACUUCGUGCGUGAUGGUGCCAUGAGUUUCAACAAUCAGGGAAAGCGCCCCAACUUUUGGUCGCAACAAGAUAUGCUUCAGCUUGCUCCUCGCCCCUAUAAUGACGACAAUUACAACACUUGGACUGGCGGUGUCGUCAAGUACCUCAGCUCUCCCAGCGAGAUAGAUUUCGACCAGCCCAGGAUCUUCUGGAAUGGUUUGUCUGAACGUGAUCAAAACAACUUGAUCUACAAUGUCGUCUCGCAUCUUGGACAGGCUAGCGACAUGGCCAUCCGCCUCAAGCAGUGCCAGAUAUUCUACCAUGUGAAUGAGACCUUGGGUCAAGCCAUUGCAGCGGGAGUGAAUAUCACGCUUUAGAUACAAAAUAGACGACUGUAAAACAACGGACAUUCUCGUCGUUACAUUUCAUUCACGCAAUAUAUGAGUUCAUGUACAGUGCUGUAUCUUUGGGUCAAAGGAAUAUGUUCAAUAUCACCC